UACGAGUUCGUCGAUUCCCGAGCCGAACCGUAAGAAGACAGGAGGUUGUUUGUGUAAUUUUAAUCCGAAGUAGCGGUAAAGCGUCCGAUCGAAAAGUGGAUAAGCCUCGCAUAGGUAUUCGCGCGAAGUAAAAUAGAAUCCAGGCAAUAACUGGGGGAAUAAUCGGUCGAUCUGAGUCGGGAAAGUGUCAAAUCUGAGCGAACGACUGCCGCGCAGUCGUCGUCCAUUUCUGUCAGAGUGCAAGAGCCAACCAGGGACUGAGUUUUUGUCGUUUCGGAUCGCAAAAGUGCGCUGCAGGGUGGCGCUCCCGUGGUUUUUCCAUCCGAUCUGUCUGACAGAGCAGAGAGACGAGACAAGACGAGACGAGAGACGAUAUAGUAAUUAUAUUAAUUACAUAAUAUAGGAGGAAUAUAUCGUCGGUGAAAAAAUCGACGCGUGCUUUGACCAUCGAAUACACACCCUGUUUAUCGUCGACGGCAUUCCCAUUGUGUUUAACAGUUAUUAAAUGUGUUGAGUUUGUGAUUGUUUGUGACCGCCUCUCGUGCUGCUGCUGCUGCUGCAACCUAAUACUAGACGAUAACCAAGAUAGACUAUAAAGAUGAGCAAGACCUGCGCUCGGUGUGACAAAACUGUCUAUCCCAUCGAGGAGCUGAAAUGCCUCGACAAGACAUGGCACAAACAGUGUUUUAAAUGUCAGGGUUGCGGUAUGACCCUGAACAUGCGAACAUACAAGGGCUUCAACAAGCAGCCAUAUUGCGAGGCUCACAUACCAAAAGCAAAGGCGACGACGAUGGCUGAGACGCCGGAGCUGAAACGCAUAGCUGAAAACACGAAGAUCCAAAGCAACGUAAAGUAUCACGCCGAAUUUGAAAAGGCUAAGGGAAAAUUCACCCAAGUUGCCGACGAUCCGGAAACACUGAGAAUUAAACAGAACAGCAAAAUCAUAUCGAACGUUGCCUAUCACGGAGAACUUCAGAAGAAGGCGAUAAUGGAACAGAAGAGAACAACAACCGGGGAAAACGGAGAACAAAUCGAGUACGUCGUCGAAUACGAAGAGAUGCCGCCACCCGCACCGCUGAACUCGAACACUCUACCUCCGCCAUCCGCAAUCUCUCCGGUCCAGCGAGCCCCGGGAAGGAUCGCCGACUACGAUCCGCUCAACGAGGCAACCCCGAGUCCCUACUCGGCUCGACAAGCAGCGACGACGGUCAUUUACACGAGUGACAAAGGCGCAGUGACGAAUCCGCCGACUCGUAAAAUCGGAUCGGUAGCUGAUAUAGACCCGGUCAACGAAUACUAUGGAUCGUUGACACCCGGGUCGAACAAUAAUCACGUACAACCGCCAAUGCAGCCACCGUCGACGACGGCCAACAGUGGGCGCGUCUAUAAGGCCAUGUACGAUUACGAGGCGCAAGACGAGGAUGAAGUCAGUUUCUUGGACGGUGACCUGAUCGUAAAUUGCACAGCGAUUGACGAAGGUUGGAUGACUGGAUUCGUACAGCGUACGGGUCGCCAGGGAAUGCUUCCAGCGAACUACGUCGAGCCUGCACAGAUCUAGUGUUUAAAUGUGAACGUUCCCUUCCGUUUUAUGCUGUGAAAUACGAAACUUCGGCUCCUAGGUUCAAUAUCGUGUCUUAGAUUUUUUUUCAGCUUAUUUUCCACAUUUACUCUCUUAGGAAAAAAAUCCCGGAAAUAAGAGAAAUCCAAUGAUAAAUUUCCUUCCAAACUUGAGGUGAGAAAAAAAGAAAUCUCCCACACGAUCGUCUUUCAAUUGUUUGAUGCGCGUUAAAUUAAUGAAAAAAUUAUUGCGCCUACCUUUAAUCUGAUUAUAUUACAUUCCGUACGCAACCAUGUACACAACUAGCAUUGCUUGUCUUGACUUUUUGUACAAUUGAAUCGAGAAAGAAAGAAAACAGAAAAACGAUUCAACACAAUUCUAUCCGAGUAGUAAAUUUUUAAUCAUUCAGGAUACAAUCGUAGGGAUUGUAUGAUAUUUCUGCACGAAAAAAAUUAUGUACUUGUUGCGCAUUCUGUUUAAUUCUGUAUUCCUUACUUUUUUCUUCUUUUUAAUAUUACUUGUAAAAAAAGCGAUGCAAAUGAUAACUCGCUAAAACCUAUCUUGGGACCAAAACGAGCUUUUAUACUACGAUAUUCCUAAAAACGGACACUUAUGCAUUUGCAUAUUACUAAACUAGGUAGAGGUACUACAUACGUAAAUGCAGUAAACAAAUA